AUGGUCCUCCCUCGUGAAAACAUCGAGUUCAGAACUUGCGAUGGCACUGUUCUCCGAGGCUGGUUCUAUCCUCAAGUUGAGAAAUCGGCAUGUGUGAUUAUGACACACGGUCUGGGUGGUGUCCGCCACUUUUGGCUUCCAGAUUUCGCAGAUCGAUUCCAGCAAGCUGGAUACAAUGUCUUCCUCUAUGAUAACCGGAACUGGGGCGACAGUGAUGGACUACCCCGACAAGAAUCAAACCCGACCCUUCAACAAGCCGACUACUACGACGCGUUCAAUUUCGCAACAUCAUUCGCCAGUGUAGAUGAUACUCGCAUAGUGUACUGGGGCACAAGUUUCUCCGGUGGAAAUGUUCUAUAUGCGGCUGCUGUGGACAAACGUAUCAAAGCCGCCAUAGUGCAGUGCCCUGCAGUUUCUGGAGAGACGCGAUCAUUGGCCUUCAAAGACCGCAUUCCGGCCAUUUUGAAAGAGCGUGCUCGUAUCUCGGCAGGAUCAGAACCACAAAGAAUUCCGCUUAUUGCGCAAACCUUGGAAGCAGCGCAAUCGGGGACCACUACUGCCAUGUUUCCUGGUACUCAUGCUUACGAGCGGGUUCGCGGUUCGUACGAUUGUGGUGGCCGUUGGGAAAAUUCUGUUACGGUUCAGACACAGCUCAAUAUGCUUGCUUUUGAAGGACAGGGGAUGGUGCAUCGUAUUUCGCCGACUCCGUUGCUGAUGGUUGUUCCUGGAAAUGAUAUCCUUGUUACCACGGCAUCUCAGAUGGCUACUUACGAAAAGGCUAGAGAGCCAAAGCAGCUUUUGUUUAUUGACGGUGCUGGUCAUUUUGAUAUCUAUACCGGAGAUUGGUUCGAACAGAAUAUCAAAGGACAGAUUGAGUUCUUAGGGAGAUGGGUUGGCUCUUCUUGA